GUGUGGACCCAGGGCAAGCGCAGAUCGCGCAGCAAGAGCUCCAAGACAAAGCCUUCAUACAAGGAUGCGGAGUCACGAAAGACUCCAGAAGAAGAAAAGUCGAAUUGGAACGUUUUUCCUACAAACGCCCCAUGGAUUCCAACGACGCCUUCGAGCAGGGCUACCAACAAGAAGACGGAGAUCACAGAUGGACCUGGUGCCAGCGAGCAACAUGUUCAGAUGGUGGUCCAGCCAGAUCCAUCGUUGGUAGACGGAGAAGCCUUGUCACAGGAGGAGGAAAAGAUCUUGGAACAUAUGAAGGGACUGAAAGACAUGAAUUUGAGUCUUCCAGGAGAUAUGCAGAUUCAGAUGGAGAAGCUCUUGGCCAAGCAACAGGCCUCGGUGGUCAACAAGCCACUGACGCAUGGUCAUUUGAAUCGCCUCAACAAAUUGAAGGCGCAGGUUGCCACAGCAGGGAAGAAGGUGGUAACCUUAGAUCAAGAGUGGGCCAAGUUCACGGAACAGACCAUGGACAAAGUCAAGCAACAUGCACAGCUUUACCAGAGUUGUCGAGCGGAGAUGCUCGAGAUCUACAAUGGGAAGCUAGAGGAGCUUGCCAAUCUCAAGAGGGAGGUCACGGCAGCUUCGAUGUCUAUGCUGGAUGGAGCUUGGAAACCACCAGAGAUCAUGCACACACCCAAGUUAGAAGAGGCUGUGAGCCGCAUGCAGGAGGUGAUAGAGGUCGAGGGCUCUGUGGGAGCAGUCGACCUAACAGAAGAAAUGGAAGAAGACGAUCAAGAGGAAUUGAUCAUGUCGGGGUCGACAUCCAAGGGCUUGUCCAAGACACUCAACAGGCCUUUCAGAGGCUUGCUUUUGAAACGCAUUGCAGAUCUCUUUGGCUUGACCGGGAUGAUGGAUGGCCAUGAGCACUUUUGCAGCAAUCUUGAGCAGGUUUGCAUCCCUUUGAACAAAUUUGUUGAAGGAGGCAUUCGUAUCAUUGAGGAUGAUUCAGAAGGGGGCAGUGACACUGGAGAUGAAAGUGAUGUGCCUACCACUGCACCAGACUCUGAUUCGAAUGACGAAAAUGAUGAAUCCUUUCUCAUGUCAGCCGAACCUGUCACUUUCCAACUUGCGUUGGGAAAUCAAUAUCCGUGGUGGGACGAUGGCAUUGAAGAAAUUGAUGAAAAUGAACAGCAGCAGGAUCAAGAUCACUACACUGUCAAUUUUGCUCAGGGACAUCAAGGACUCCUGCAGGAUGAAGUGGAGCAUAUCAGGCAAUUGCGAACUGAGGAUGAUACUCCAUGGCUUGCAGUCACGUAUGGCUUUGGUCUCACAGACUUAGGCAGACGUGACAUUGAGUUCGACCCUUGGCAUCUGGAAUCAUUACCAGAGUUGAUUCGACAGACUUGGCAGGAGUUUGCUGUUUAUGCGGAUUUAUUGAUUUUUAACGUCCACCCACAGCCGAUCGAUGUGAUUGGCGCCAGAGCAGUAGCACUUCUGGUUGUGGUUGACACACCGGACUCACUGAAUGAAGAUUUGAGGAAUGUGCUGGUCAUUGAACAGGCAGCCUCUGAUGUUGGAGCUAGGCGACAUCCGUAUGCUACCAGAUUAUCUGCAGAAACCACUGACAGGGAUAUCCUGGCGCAGCUGAAUCUUCAACAUCAUUGCCCACCUCUUGCUUUGAGACCGUGCCAUGUGAGACUUGGCACGGUUCAUAUGGACAAAGGGCAACUGUAUGAAUAUGACCAUGGCACUCUAUGCAGAACAUGGAUUGGAAAUGUUUUCUCACAGGUUUUGGAAGCGGAAGAGCAUGUCAUUGCAGUCGAUGCUUUCUUUCUGCAAGCGCAUUCUUUGAUGGAAUUGCGGGGUCAAGGGAUCAACAUCGUUUGUCAUGUGCACGGCAUCACCCCAGCCAACAGGCCUCUUGGCCAUCGUGAGAUCAUUAUUGACUCUGAUUGGCUGUAUGAUUUGGAAUGGAUCGACAGGAUGAGGAUACUUUGGCCAUUUGGGGAUGAGAAUGUUGGGUUGGUCUUUGCACAAUCCGCCACACAAGAUAUGCACGAAAGUGAGAAUAUUAUUUUCCAUUUCAUUGCCAAGUAUGGUACGAAUGAAGGGCAGCCCAUUCUGGUUAACCAACAAAUGUGGGCUGUAGAUGACGUCCAGCAGGACCCACAGAGUGCCAAUGAAUUUUGGGCCAUCAAUGUCCCUACGGGAGAAAUUGGCUCGAAUAUUGUAGGGGCACUCCAGGACUUCCCCUUUUGGUUCCAUUAUGCUCGCUCACAGAAUGUUUAUCCCCAUCUCGCAGUCAACGGGCAUAAGAUCGUUGAGGUGCGUCAAAGCUGGAGACCGGGAGAUGUGUUGAGAGCGCGAUACAUUGUGUGGAAAAGACAUCAUGUGCUGACAAUGCUGAUCGGCGUUGCUCAACAAGAGCAAGAAAAGUCCAUUGAGCACACCUCGUUUUUGCAACUGUCCAGACAGGUCAAGACAAAUGAUGUGAUCGAGGAUUCAUUCACUGAGAUUUGUCAGGCUAUUAUGAAUCAAAAGGUUGAGGUUGAGCAGGUUGAUGAAGCAGUUUCUCUCCCUCCCUUUGCAGCAGCAGGAAGGGUUGACAGUGAGAUUGGGCCAACUGAGCAGACAGCACAGGAUGCGGAAGCGACUGCGUUGAUAGCAGCUGCCAAUUUCAUGCUCACCAAGAGGGACCUUCCUCAUUUGGCCAUUCACUUUCACUUUGAUGCCACAGCCGUUGGCAAAGGAACCAGUGUCUCCCACAAGACACAUGAGAUCAUUCAGCAAUUUCUGCAAGAGGACAUUCAUGUGGUUGCUGUUCAGGACUUGGCGGGCAGCAGAUUGAGACGAUGUUGUGAGCAGUUUGAUCUGGCGAUACCCUCCACAUGGGACACCUUGCAUCAAGGCGAACAUUGGACCUUUUGUGGAAGUAGAGGGUCGAAGAGCAGGUUGGAUUACAUUGCAGUCUCCAACGAACAGAUGAAUGCUGUGGUUGCUUCAUAUGUUCAUGAUGGUAUCGAUGUACUCAAUGGCGACCGUGAUCACAGAGCUCUGGUUUUGGAAUUGGGAUUGGUGACCAGUUUCCAACACGACCACAUGAAGAUCAGAAAACCUCUGUACAACAGAAAAAAGGCAAGAAGCAACAAACUCACUGGGCAUUCCGGCAUGUUGCAUUCUUUUCCCCUUUGCAGUUGGAAGCAAGAUGUCAAUGAUCAUUGGUCGAAUCUCAGAAAUUAUGUCCAAGACAAAGCAGCGCAUGAGUUUCCGAAGGGCAAAAGACAGCAGAGACAGCUUUAUUUUUCACCGGCUGCUUGGGACAUGGUUUGUCGGCGGAAAGAUUUGCGACAGCAACAUAGGGAAUUGCAGAGGUGUAACAACCUGGAAGCAAUGAAGUUGGUGUUCCAGACAUGGCGUCAAGCAAAGAUUUCCCCACAAGAAGCGCAGAAUUGGGAGCUUUCUGCGCAUCUGAGAUGUAUGCAAGAAGCGGUGAUUCUGGAGCAACGAUGCAAAGUGGAUGUCGACUUCAGGAAACAAAAGAGAGAGGACUGGAAAAGAUGGGUCUCCUCACAACUGGAUUCUCAAGUCACAUCCCUUCAACAUGCGACAGCAUCACAGAUCUACAAGAUUUUAAAACCAAAGAAAAUGAUUGACAAAAAGAAAGGACGACACCACAAGCCAUUGGCAGGAUUGCGAGAUGCUCGUGGGCAGUGGAGGAGUUCAAGAGGUGAUGUUGCAGCAGCAUGGGAGGAGCAGUUCGCUGAAAUUGAAUUAGCGGAAGAGAUUUCCUUUCAAGAUCUCAUGAAGCGCUCUGUCCCAAGCAGUACAACGAUCCACCCAUUGGAGCUCCACAACAUCCCGACCUUUUACGACCUGGAAAGCUGUCUCAUGGCUCUUAGCGACCAAAAAGCCACUGGAGUUGAUGGUUUGGGGGCUGAGCUGUGGCACACAGGUCUCACAGAAAAUGCAAUGAGAAUUUUUCCUCUCCUCAUGAAGUCUGCAGUGAGGAAGCAAGGCAUGCCUGAGAUGUCCGGAGGAUGGUUGUUGCCAUUAUGGAAAGGGAAGGGUCACCCGUCACAGAUGGAGGGUUACAGGGCGAUUCUUUUGGAACCUACUCUGUCCAGAGCUUUGUCGAAAGCGUGGCGAAGCAAACUGAUUUGUGGGUUGGAGCGUGUCGCAGCGCCUCUGCAGUGCGGGGGCAGAAAAGGUGUUGGCAUUAGCCCACUGCACUUGAUGCUACGCAUCUGGCAAUCGAACGCUGCUUCACAAAAAUCCUCUUUAGGCCUCAUCUACGUUGACAUCAGAUCAGCUUUUUACAGGGUGGCAAAACCUCUUUUGGCCAAUUUCAAUGGUACAACAGAAUCUCUGGUCAACAUAUUUCAGGAGCUCAAACUCCCUUCGUCGGCUCUGCAGCAGUUCCUGGAGAACGUACAUGGGGCCGAUCUGAUCAGUAGAGCGACCGGCUCUGAUGUCAUUUCGGGACAAGUGUCCUCGCAGGUCUUACAGGUUGUCAUGGAGCGUGCAGAGAGUGCGGGCCUUCAACUAUGCUUUGACACGGAGGAUGGUCGGAGCACAAGUUUUGUGGCAUGGGUUGAUGACCUGGCGUUAUCAGUCAUGGCUUGUGCGUCAAAGGUGGUUUCAAACACAGCACAACUUCUCUCCAUCAUCAUUGAUGUCAUGACGGAACAUGGCUUGAGUCUCUCAGUUGGCAAAGCGAAGACUGCUGUCAUGUUUGAGUUCAGAGGUAAGAACGCAACCAAGUGCAGGCAGGAUUUUGAGAAGUGCCAUGCUGACACCUUGGACGUUUUGUCGGAACACCAUGGAAUGAUGAAAAUACCGGUGGUUGGUUUUUACAAACACUUGGGAGGGAUCAUUGUCCCAUAUGGAUCCAAGAUCCCUGAGAUCAAGACAAGAGGGGAAGCCAUGCGUCAGAAGUUGGCUCCUUUGAAGGCUGUGCUUUCAAAUCCAAGGAUUGACAUUGACAAGCGCAGGUUGCUGGUACGCAGCAUGGGUAUGUCUGUCAUCAAAUUGCACAGCGCAACGUGGUUCGAUCUCACCCAAGCAGAAGCAGAAGCAUGGCAUGCUGUUGUUCACUCAACAUACGCUAUGCUUGAAAGACGAAACGAGCAUGGUGAAGUUCCACACAAGGAGACCUAUGAGUUGGCGAGGCAAAUGGAGGGCCCCAUGCCUAUUGAAGCUCUUUAUCUGGAAAGGCUGAGAUUGUUGGUCCAUAUUCUACAGGUCAAUGAUCACUACAUCAUUACUGCCAUUCUCCAAAACUACAAGCAAGCUGGUUGUGCUUCGUGGCUCUAUGGAGUACUGAAAAGCUUGCGUUGGGCACAAGCCCAGAUUGGAAGAAAUGCAUUUCCAGAUGAGCUGCUUGAGCUGACUGAGCGAUCAACGUGGGACAUUUUCCAUGAGGUAGCUAAAGAGAUAAAGUCCAAUGUCAAAAAAGUGGAGCGUGCUCACCAGGUACGGUUGAAAACUUACUGCGGUCUGAAAGAUCACAAGGCAUUUAUGGAGGAGAUCUGCUCAGAAAUGGGGUGGACAAAGCGACGGCAUAUGGAUGAAGCUGUUGAAGACAAGCCCUACAUCAGGUGCAUGCACUGCAUGAUCAUGCCAAGAGGAGUUGGAGAAUUGCUAGCCAAGAGGCUAGAAGAGUUGUCGGUGCACAUGGUGGACCGCCGUGCGAGACAUACAGCAUGGCCAGAUGGCUUGAUAUCCCAGGUCUAUCCGGUGUUGCUUUCACAGAGCAUUGCAGAAUGUCAUCUGGAGCACUAUGACACCAUCCAUCAACAGGGUUUCGAGCAGAUCCCAGAUGGCUUAGACAACGCGAUC